ACAACAAGACCAGACGAAAGAACAUUCCAGGUAAACAAGCAAAAAACCAUGGGAGAAACAAGCAGCAGCAGUGAAAAGAAGUGUAUGGCUUUGUCUGAAGUUGUAUCUGAUUGUGUUAAACGUUGGUUUCAAGAAACAUUAAAAGAAGCUAAAUCAGGGGAUUUUUCUAUGCAAAUUUUGGUUUCCCAGAUGUAUAAUUCUGGUUAUGGGGUUCCUGUUGAUCCCCAAAAGGCAAAAUUAUGGAUGACAAGAGCUGCUCGAGUUCGAUCUUCAGUUUGGAAAGUUAGUGAGAAACGACCUGGUUACAAUGCAAGUGACUCUGAUUCAGAUGAUAUGUUAGAUGGCUCUUGACGACUGUUGGACAGAAAUUUCUGUUCAAUUCCCUACAGAAAUAAGGUCUUUUCUUAUUCAUCCCAUCACUGAGAUGGACUGUACCAGUGAAGAUCUUAAUAUUUUUCUUUAGCUCAUGUUUAUUGUUUUGUCCAGAUCAAUUACAUGUAGAUUUUCUUUUUGGUUUGUUGGUUUGAGUGCAUCAGUUCUGCAUCAAAUGACUAUUUAAACCAACUUUAAAAAAACAAAGCUUAGUAAGGAAGUCUUGUGAAUCUGUACAGAUUAUAAUAUUAGCUGAAAUACAUGGUCUGCUCUAACAAAGCUUAGUAAGGACUUAUUUUUUCUUUA